AACGAAAAAAUAACGAAGGAGAGAUCGAAGAUCUUCCAAGGUAUACACGCGACGUAUACGACAAGGACAAAAGUAUAUUAAAGUUGGAAAGAGAGAGGAACGAACAGAGAACGAAACGGUAGAGAUAAACCGAGGAGAAAGAGAAAGAGAGAGAGAGAGAGAGAGAGGGGCAUGCACGCCGGUGCAACAAAGACGGAGACAAGAGAUCGUACUCGAUGCUCGUCGGGUGAAGUUAGUUAGCAGUCGAUGCGCACACGCCACGCGCUCCGGACGUACGUCGUUUCGUACCUCUCUCCGGUGUCCUGUCGCGUUGUCCGUUCGUUCCUCUCUCGGUUUGUCAACGUGUCCGGUUCGAGGUAGGGAAAUCCGUGACGCUUCCGCUCGAAAGUGAGUCUCUUUCACAACGAUCGACGAACGAUAGAAACUCGGUCGACCGAACACCAUCUCCAUAAUUCUUUCUCGAAGGGGCCGCGUGUGACCGGUUUCGAGUUUCAUAUGAAAACCGAUCUUGCCAGUGCUACUAUAUUGGAAUUCGCGAUGUUCGUGAUAUUUUUGUGACACUGAUUGUGACUCUGAAAUUCGCGUGUAUGACAAGUGUUCUCGAGAUUCAGUUAAUUACGACGUUACCUUAACGGAAAGCUUCGAUGGCUCCUUAUCGACUAGAACGUUCAUUCCUUAUUGGUGUUUGAACGAAACGUAAACACAAGUGGAGAGACUCGUCGAGAUUGUUGUUCUCUAAGAAACGUACGGGACUCUAAGAAACAUUCCUGAAAUUCUGAAUCAGAAGUCGAGGAGCGGUCGGGCGGGAAGGCGCGCGGCGGUAAACUUGCGCGUCGUGCGCGCUCGUUCAAGGAGGACUUCCUGGAGAAGCUCUCCCACAUGCGUUCCCCGGGUAGCGGCAGCGGGGGCGGAGGGAGCGGGGCGGCCACAAGGGCCGCCUCCCCCUCCUCGCCGCGGACGCCGCGGGACAAAAGCGCCCCCGGGUGCACGGCGGACGCCACCCUCGACAAGAACCCCCUCCGUGACCUGCACAUCCACGUGCGACAGGUGCAGCUGGCACUGCUCCACUUCAAGGACGUCGUGUUGAAGAAGAAGCUCGAGAUGCUGCCCGGAAACGGCACCAUAAUCCUCGACCACAUCACCACGAUACACACCGUGUUGAAAUCCUAUUUACUCUACGAGAACAGCUCCACUCUGGGAUCGGCGACGAAUCAGGUGUAUCAAGCUCUAGCACAAUUGUUGAAACUCUGCGACGACGUGUUGCUGCACGGCGACCAGUCCUCCGCGUUGGACACCGAGAACGUGACGCACAUUAUAGGAUUAGUCGAGGAUGCGGUGAAAAACCUGGUCGAUCUUGCGAACGAGAAGAUCGCCAACAGACAGAAACCUGCCGCCGUCGCGACGAGUAAUAGAACGUCGGGUUAUGGAUCGGAAUUGACGCCACAAAGAAAUUCUUUACCCGAUAUCCCGCUAACCCCGAGGGAAAGGCAGAUUUUAGAGCAGACUGCUGCGACUACUAGUCUGGUCCGUAGUUCGCAUAGUUCAGAGUCGAUUUUAAGGGAUUCUAGUCCACCCCCAAAACCACCACUCCCCGAAAGAACUAAUGUGUGUCUGUCGGAGGAAAAUAGUUCUUCCGGCACGCCCCCGCCGUUGCCACCGAAACGAAGAACGAGGGCUCAACAGUUGCUCGACGAGUCCGAAGGUCUUUUAGCAUCUAGUCUUGAUGGUGUCUCCCUACGAAGUAGAUCUCCAGAGGAUUCCUCGUCUCUUUUAAGCGCGUCGGCUGGCAGUUUGGAUUCGGCCCUAAACCAUUCUCGCGACGAGGAUGAGAUACGGGCGAUCAUGGGACCAAACGACGACUCUUUGAACGAUAGUAUGGAUCUCAGCCUGAUGGCUACUAUUCAGGGCAUGCAAGUUAAUGGUAGUUCGAACUGUAGUUGCUGGGACGGUUCCGAAACAAAUCUACCAAGUACCAUGUUAUUAGGUCAACAAACUCCACAAGAAGUGCUUCAACAAUUUACUGGUAUAGAAGGAAAUCGAUUAUCGACCCAAACGCAAGAAUCUGGUUUCGUAUCAAUGCAUUCACAACGAAGUUCAUCCCAAAGUUAUACUACUACUUCCAGUAUAACGUCCAAAAGAUCUUCCCAGCAGAGCAGCAUUAGUUAUAAUUCGCAAACGUUCAAUUCUCAACAAUCGUUUUCGCAAACAAAACUAUCUUCGGAUAGUAACGGGUCUAUUUUCACUCAGAAGACAAUGACUAGUUCGAAGAGUACUGUUAGCACAAAUAUAUCUGGAAGUGGAGAUUCCGCGUUAUUAGAAAAAUUGGUAAAUGAAAUGGAAUCGAUAUCUACAUCGGACGCUAAUGGAGUACCGCCGGCAUUACCAGAAAAACGAUCGAAACGAAGAAAAGAACGUCAGCCAUCGCAGUACGACAAUGUACCUGAAAACGAGCAUUUAUCAACCUGUAGUUUACAUACUAAUAAUGGCGAUAAUCCAGAUGCCAGUAAACCUCCACCACUUCCUCUUAAAAAAAGGCAUAUGUUCCAAUCAGUGGCAUAUUCUGUCAUGGCAUACAUGGAGAUGUUUGGGAAUUGUUCUCACAGUAACAAUGACUUCAUCUCUGGUCUUGGGACCCGCCAUUCAGUGGCAGCUUAUAAUUCAAUGCUAGGUGAAUGGCAAAAUGAUAUGGCCCUUACUACGACACAAUCGUGUUCUUUCAUGGCACAUACUAUGACCACAUUGCACGAUAGUUCAAAUACCUCCAUAACUAUGACACCAUCAGUAACAGAACUAACAAAUAAUUCUAGUCUCCCACCAGCAUUACCACCAAAGAGAUCCCGAUCCAUUAAAUCAAAUGCAACACCUCCACCAAUUUCACCAAAACCUACCAUUAGCAUGCAAAGUAUACAUACAAUUGAGCCAAUCGUAACGUCGACUCCAGUAAAGAUAGAAGAAUCUGGUUGCAUUCAUGAUAAGAAAGAGCUGACACCUUCGACUCCAAUAAAAUUGAAUAAUGUUGCCUUAGAUACAAUAUUACCAUCAUCAAGACCAGCUAGUAAUGCUUUAUCAUCGAUAUCUGUCGAUGAUAAUACUUUGGAAUUAAGAGAUAUCGAUCAAGACGAUAGCAUUUUAGAUGAAUUGGAUAUCAGUAAAUAUUUAGUUUUUAAAAAGCCAGAUGAAGAAGGACCAGAUAUAAGAGGUGGUCAUCCUGAUGCAUUAUUAAUUCAUGCAACUAAAGCUAAUAAACACGAUGAGAAGGAAUCAGACUUUUUGUAUCAAGAAGCAUUUUUGACAACGUAUAGAACAUUCAUGCAACCAUUGGAAUUAAUUCAAAAACUACAUAAACGUCAUCAGCGAUUCUCCUGUUCUGCUGACGUUGUCAAACAAAGAGCAGCUCGUGAAGCAUUUUCUUUAUUAGUUAGAGCUGUUAGCGAUUUAACUAUGUCAGAUUUGGACGAUAUCCUCUUGCAAACUCUAAUGGAAUUCGUGCAACAAUUAGUAUGUAGCGGUGAUCUUACCAUGGCGAAAGCUUUGCGUGUUAAAAUUUUAGAAAAACACGCUGUGAAACAAUUACAAUCUGCACAACCAAUUCUUUCUUCGUUAAGUGUGACAACAAAGCAAGCUUCUCUUCUCGAUUUUAAAAGUGAACAAAUUGCGGAACAAAUGACACUAUUAGAUGCUGAUUUAUUUAUGAAAAUCGAGAUACCGGAAGUAUUAAUUUGGGCACAAGAACAAAACGAAGAACGAAGUCCGAACCUAACUAGAUUUACAGAACACUUUAAUAAAAUGUCGUACUGGGCCAGAUCGAGAAUACUAGAACACAGAUUAGAAAACGAAGCAAAAGACAGGGAAAAAUAUGUCGUUAAAUUCAUUAAGAUAAUGAAACAUCUUAGAAAAAUAAAUAAUUUUAAUAGUUAUUUAGCCUUGCUUUCUGCAUUAGAUAGCGCACCUAUUAGAAGACUUGAAUGGCAAAAACAUAUUACAGAAGGUUUAAAGGAAUAUUGUGCUCUUAUUGAUAGUUCUAGUAGUUUUAGAGCUUACAGACAAGCUCUGGCAGAAACGCAACCGCCAUGUAUUCCUUAUAUUGGACUUGUAUUACAAGAUCUUACAUUCGUGCAUAUUGGAAAUAGUGAUCUCUUACCUGAUGGCAGCAUAAAUUUUUCGAAAAGAUGGCAACAGUUUAAUAUUGUUGAAAAUAUGAAAAGGUUCAAAAAAGGGACAUAUUCAUUCAAGAAGCACGAACGUAUAAUAACGUUCUUCAACAAUUUUAGUGAUUUCCUCUGUGAGGAGGCAAUGUGGCAGAUUUCAGAAAGUAUCAAACCACGUGGUGGGAAAAAAGCACAGUCGCAGAACUAGAAUAUAUCUAACCCUUUCACUGCCUGUGUCUCGAAAUCGAAAGGCUGAAUCAGUGAAUUAGAAAUUUAUAUUUAUGGUAUUUAGAUAAAUUUUUAAUUAUGAGCUGAAGAAAAAUGAUACAACACUCUAGGGUGGUGAAAGGGUUAGCUAUGUCUAUACCGUUUCAACAGCCUCUGUGAGGUUGUAUUUUAAUUUAUGAAAAUUUAAGUAUUCAAUCUAUAUAUUAAACAAAAGGAAAAAGAAAAAGAGAUUACAAACAGACAUUUAGAUCAAAUUGAAAUUUGAUGUAUUUGUUUCGUUUAAAAAUAUAAAUUGCGUGUAUGGAUAUCGAUUGAAUCGAAACGCGUCGAGACUUUAAUGAAUUGGCUAAGAUCAAUCAUGUCUCAAUGUAUUUUUGUAGUUUUUUUCUUUUUGCCAUAAGAUAAGUAAGGGAAAAAUUUGCUAUGGAUCUAUGCAACGUAUACUUAAA